UUCCUUCCAACUAGCGCCUGCAGGUGGACCCGGGUUGACUUCCCUCACCUCCCUCGGGCGGCCAACCUUUGGAUGGCGGACCUCAGCCGCCCCAGGGUUGCGAGGCAACGGGCGCUCUGGCCCAGGCCACCAGGCGGGCUCCAUCAGGGCUUUGGGUGGUGAGUUGGGGGCGCCGGAUUUGGCUCAUUUCAACGCUGGCUGGAGUCGGUCACGAGGAUGGAGUUCAGGACAAAGAGGUGUGGGCAGGCCACUGGGCCGGCUGGUACCAUCAUGGCAGAGAAAGUGAACAACUUCCCACCAUUGCCCAAAUUCAUCCCGCUGAAGCCAUGUUUCUACCAAGACUUUGAGGCAGAUAUUCCUCCCCAGCAUCUCAGCAUGACCAAGCGCCUCUACUACCUCUGGAUGUUGAACAGCGUCACGCUGGCCGUGAACCUGGUGGGCUGUCUCGCGUGGCUGAUCGGAGGCGGGGGAGCCACCAACUUUGGCCUCGCCUUUCUCUGGCUCAUCCUCUUCACACCCUGCUCCUACGUCUGCUGGUUUCGGCCCAUUUACAAGGCCUUCAAGACUGACAGCUCCUUCAGUUUCAUGGCAUUCUUCUUUACCUUCAUGGCUCAGUUGGUCAUCAGCAUCAUCCAGGCCGUGGGCAUCCCAGGCUGGGGCGUCUGCGGCUGGAUUGCUACCAUCUCCUUCUUCGGAACGAACAUUGGCUCGGCGGUGGUGAUGCUAAUUCCUACUGUCAUGUUCACAGUGAUGGCCGUCUUUUCCUUCAUCGCCCUCAGCAUGGUUCAUAAAUUUUACCGGGGAAGUGGGGGGAGUUUCAGCAAAGCUCAGGAGGAGUGGACCACAGGGGCAUGGAAGAAUCCACAUGUGCAGCAGGCGGCCCAGAACGCAGCCAUGGGGGCAGCCCAGGGUGCCAUGAAUCAGCCUCAGACUCAGUAUUCCGCCACCCCCAACUACACGUACUCCAAUGAGAUGUGAACCAGCCACACCUACCAGGUGGCAGAGCUGGGGCCAUUGGGAGAGGGGGCUCAAGCCACAUCAUCAUUUGUGGUUACCAAGCAGGGUUCCCCCUUCCCUUUUCUCCUUCCCUACUUUGUACAAAGGACCAGAGUUAUAUAUAUAUAUAUAUAUGUAUAUGUCUGUCCCCAGCCCCCACCUUUCAGAUUCUGCUCUUGGCACUCAGCUGUGGGCUGCACGUGGAGCUGUCCCGUGGAGCUGUCCCAUGCGGUAGUAGCUGUGUUUGUGUCCCCUCAUGAAAUAGUGUGCAGUGGAGGUCUCUUGUUGUGGUGCUAGAUGUGUGUUUAGAGCUAAACCAGCCCCCACCCCCACCCUCCACCUGCCCCUCUUGCCUCUGGCCCCUCUGACCCUGGUCCAGGGACCCCUCACGGGGCCAGGGGAUGCUUAGCAGAAAGACUGGCCCCUUCUUAGGGUUAUGAGCUGGAACUGUUUCUACUUUCAGUCUUCCUGGGAAGUAACAGUACUUAGCACUCUUGGUGGUGGGUGGGAGGGUGGGUACAGGCCAGGGAUAUUCCCUUGCUCUUUUCAUCCCUCCAGGCCUCCCCUCCUUCAGCCUCCUCCUCCCUCAUCUGUUCCCUGAUGUCACAUUCCCUGUGCUAUCUUCCCUUGCCCAUGGUCUGUCUGUCUCUUUCCUAUGUGGCUUUUCUUUGUCUUCCCCAAGGCUGAGUGUCCCAGUUUUAUCUGCUCCUGAGACUGAGCCCAGAUCCCCAAAUCUAAUCAGAUUUACAGUUCAAGGAAGCUGAUGGGGAGCUGGGCCUUACCCCUGAUGUAGGAGGGGCACACAGCUAGGGGUGCAGAGCCCACCUGGGUACCUGACCCCCAGGGGAUGAAAAUGCAGGGGUGAGUCUGCUUGGGCCUGAGAGUUUGAUCUGCAGGGGCAGGCUCGUCUUUUCUCUCCCCUGCCUUCUCCUCCUUCUCUCCCCAGAGCCCCCUUGAGCCCCUCUGCCUAUGUCUCUCUGCCUCCUCCCCAUGCCCCCAGCUGCUGUGGCUUGAUUCUCCUACCCUGACCCCACCAUGUGCCAGGUGGCAUCUGCCUUACUGCCUUCCCUGAGGAGUUGGGACAUGUUGGGCAGUUGUCAGAUGUAAAGGCACAGCUGGAGCAGAGGGCAUGUCAGUAAUGAUUGGUCCCUGGGGAAGGUCUGGCUGGCUCCAGUACACUGGGGCAUCUAGGUAUCUCUCGGUGACCAUUGGAUUCCUGGGAGCAGUAGCUGUUCUGUUUGGAUCUGGUAGAAGGGACAGGGCUCAGAGGGCUAGGCACGGAGGGAAGGUCAGAGGAGAAGGCAGGCAGGGCCCAGUGAGAGGGGAGCACGCCUUCCCCCACCCUGGCUUGCUUUUGGUCACAGGGCAGUUCUGGGCACUUGAACUCAGGGCCCAAGCAGAAGCACAGGCCCAGUCCUGGCUGCAAGCACAAUAGCCUGAAUGGGAUUUCAGGUUAGGCAGGUGGGAGGGGAGGCUCUCUGGCUUUAGUUUUGUUUUGUUUUCCAAAUCAAGGUAACUUGCUCCCUUCUGCCUACAGACCUUGGUCUUGGCUUGUCCUCACCCAGUCGGAGCUCCCUACCACUUUCAGGAGAGUGGUUUUAGGCCUGUGGGGCUGUUCUGUUCCAAGUGGUGUGAGAACAUGACUGGUAGAGGCUCUAGCUGUGUGCGGGGCCUGAAGGGGAGUGGGUUCUCACCCAAAGAGCAUCUGCCCAUUUCCCACCUUCCCUUCUCCCACCAGAAGCUUGCCUGAGCUGUUUGGACAAAAAUCUAAACCCCACUUGGCUACUCUGGCCUGGCUUCAGCUUGGAACACAAUAACUAGGCUUCCAGGCCUUCCUGAGCCAGGGGCCUCUGGAAGUUCUCUUCCUGAUGGUCCUUUAGGUUUGGGCACAAAAUAUAAUUGCCUCUCCCCUCUCCCAUUUUCCCUCUAGGGAGCAAUGGUCACAGUCCCUGGUACCUGAAAAGGUACCUAGGUCUAGGCCCUUCUUCCCUUUCUCUUCCUCUCCCCUACCCCAGACCUUUGGCUCCCUUUCCCUUCUCUCUCUGGUAGCUCCAGGAGGCCUGUGAUCCAGCUCCCUGCCUAGCACCCAUGACCUGUUGGAUGUUACCUCCAAUCAGUUUCCUGUCCUACCUGCCUCUUUGGCUCGGACCUAUAUGGCCACGCUCUGGCUCUACCCUUGGGAAAGCCUGAUCUCAGUGUGUGGUCCAGCUUGUUCAGGCCCUGGGAUGCUGCAUCUCCAGGCAACUAUGCACUUUCCUGGGGAGAGAACCAGUAUGAGAAGCGGGGGCAGGGCACACAUUCAUCUUCGUAGGAAGGUCUGGCUUGGGGUCGGGUGAAGGAGGGCCCAGGUCAGUUCUGGGGUCCCAGUGACCUGCUUUGCCAUUCUCCUGGUGCCGCUGCUGCUCCCUAUUUCUGGAGCUGGACGUUCCCCAGCUGGCAGUUGAGCUGCCUGAGCCAAUAUGUCUGUCUUUGGUAACUGAGUGAACCAUAAUAAAGGGGAACAUUUGGCCCUGUG